CAUGCGAUUUUCUGAGCUUACUAUGAUUCUUGCGGACAGAGCCAGAGCAGGAGCUCUAAUCUAUCCUCUCCACCUCAUCUGUCUGUCUCUCAUUCCCCUUGUGUACUACUCUCUCAGCUUUAGUCCGUUGCCGUUUUUUGUGGCCUUUAGAGGCGGAUUCGUAGAGAAGUCAAUGGUGCUCCACGGGGGGAGGAUAGGUCCUCUUUGGUGUGGGAAGGAGGUUUAGUUUGGGGGAUCUUUCACGGAAGAAGGGUUUGUGUUGUUAUGGUGUGAAGGAGACGAAGGGCGGCCUUUGAAGAGAGAGCUCUGGUGGAGUUGCGGUUUGGUGCGAGGUUCGGUGGAAGGUUGAGUGUUGUGUAGGUGCGGAUUGUUUGGAAGUAGGGAUCGGUGGUGGUGGAGAAGUUCAGGGACCGGAUUUCAGGUAUGGUCCUGACAGGACAGGGGUAGGGUAUGGGAGAGGUGUUGUUUGGCCGUCAACGUAGUAGUGAGGUUGAUUACUUAGAGUGGGAGUUGCGAGCAGUGGUCAUUGAUUGCGGAGGUGAGUGGCUAAGUGGAGUUGCUUUGUGGGGAAUGUCAUCGUAGCUAUUGAGGGCAUAAGUCGCAAUGAAAGGCAGUUAAGAUAGGGACCUUGUCGUCGUCGAGAGGUGGAACGCGGGUUUGCUUUUGACGAUGCAAUAUUGGUAUUGGAUAUUGACUUGGUUGGAUCGUGGGAGACCGAAGUAUGACCAAAGUUCCUUGUCGAAGGAAGUUUCAUUUUGUCAAACUGAGCUCGUCAGAAGUGAUUGAGUUUAGGUGGAUCGUGUUGAAGGAGACGUCCCUUCAAACCGGACUGGACAUUGGCUGUAGGAGUGCUAUUGCUGAUUAUCCAAGAGGGGAGAGCCGAGUGCCAUGUGAUUGACAAUCUCCAGCCGACAUCAUCGAUGUGCGUGAGCUAUGGGUGACAAUAUUGUGGAUGUUUGAAAGGAGACCUAGUGACCUAAUGGACUAAAAUUUGAAGCAAAUAAGCAGGCACUUGAAAAGUCGGCUUUGUAUUGCUCUACAUGGUGUCAGACAUCAAGGCUCUAGGAAGGUGCUGUGCGGUGUCGAGCAGGUUCCACUCUUUGGCGCCCUUGGUUGACAACGUUGUGGUGAAGGUCGAUUGUGUGAUAUCCGGAGAGGACAACGGCUUAAACGCUAGGGGCAGAGGAAUUAUCAGUCAUUUUGUGCGGUUUGUUGUGGGAACCUUUGUGAAACCUCUUCUGGCUUUACAGCACCUUUUGGGAUCAAAGAAAACUAUUCUUGCGGAAGUGUCCGAUCAUUCUCCUAGCGAGGUUUUGAAAAACUUCAAGGAGAUUCAGAACCUGAGGAUCGAGUUACCAGGAGGAGAACUUGGGAUCGAAGAUGGUGUACUUUUGAAGUGGAGAGCUGAGUUUGGAAGUACCCUGGAGAGUUGUGUGAUCCUCGGGGCUGCAUCGCUCGUGAAAGUGGAGAAAGAAAAAAAAUCAGCGAAAUCAGAGGGAGUUCGCCCUUGGUUUCUAAAUGGCAGAGAAGAUGGUACAUCUCAAGCUAUAGCUGAAGACAACGAAACCCCAAGCGCUCUCUCAGAUGAAAGUGGUACGAUUCCUGAGUCCUUCUACACUGACGGGGGACUCAAGGUAAGGGUUGUGUGGACCAUCAGCUCUCUCAUUGCUGCUUCUGCAAGGCACUAUCUUCUUCAGCAGAUCAUAUCAGACCAUCCGACGCUGGAAAGUCUUGUUCUUACGGAUGCAGAUGGACAAGGGAUGCUGUGUAUGAACAAAGAGCAAUUGAGAGAAUUUCGAGACAAGCCUCUGGCAGCCUCUGCUUCAUCAAAUAGAACUCAAGUGCCUGCUCUGAACAUGAAGCUAUGGUAUGCACCAUAUUUGGAACUUCCGGGAGGAACUGGUUUGAAAGGAGCGACAUUAGUUGCUAUCAGGCCGAGCGAGCAGCCUGCACACAAGGAGACGGAGAACUUUGUAUUAGGUGCUUUUGAAGAGCCAUUCAAGACUGCGACGAACUUGCUCGUGAAGCGACGGACUUACCUUCUCGAGAUGAAUUCAUUCUGAAGCUCAUGCCUGUGUAACAUAGUAUGUGCUGGAAGUUUAUUGCGGAGCUGCCCUUCAUACAUGCCAAUCAAUGGAGGAUGUGACGUUACCUUUACAUGUGGCAAAUCAUUGUGCUUGUGAAGUCAUUACGGAUGUGAGCAAAGGUGGAAGCCAUCUUUCCCGCAUUUGAAGCAGCUAUGGACUGGAAGGACUGUGAUGGACGUAUUGGUUUUUAUUGCUCCUGUACAAAUUUCUUCAUUGCGCAUGUCUACAGACCUUUGCUUUCCUGCAAUAAAUAUUGCAAUGUCCGUGUCCACUUAAGCUGUGUAUUUUUUGAGACAUAUCUGAUGACGGAAGCCGAAGUCUGAGAAUAUAUUUGCGCAACAUGCUUGAAUUUAUUGGUCUUAACAAGGGCGCAACUGAGUGGUGAGAAUAAUCCUUGGGUUAUUAGUGACUGCGACGAGGCGCUGGCACUGUGGAGAGAGCCAUUACAGAGACGAGAAAGGAAGAGACGAUUAAUCAAUGCUUCUGAUCAGACAGUAGAUAAUGUGCACAUACCAUGGGGCUUGCAAAGAACUCGACUGUUGCAAUUCUCCAUCAGCGUUUUGAGACUAUCUGGAUGCCUAAAAGGCUAUUUUUGUCGCUCUACCCACAAGGCGGAACUACACUAUUAAGUUCCUUAAUGAUCUGCAGUCAGGUAGGAUGAUAUUGUAGUACUGGUAUAUUUACAUUUUCUCCGAUUUCACCUGGAAACUUGGUUCAUUCAAGAAUGAGAGCAUUGAGCAUGAUUCCUGAGUAGAAACUCUUCUUCCAACUGGUUGAACAUGUUCCCAGUGCCCUAAAUUGUAAUGCAGCCUGCCAUCUUCAGAUCUCAGGCGUGGGAUGAUGAGCAGGAGUUUCUGCUCCUUAUCAGGCUUAAGUUUUGAGCUCCGAGGUCUACUGUAACAUAUGUUUUGGUCAUAAGUUUUUGGCUAAUCAAGCUCUACCUCUGUACAGAAUUUCCUGCUC